CGGAAGUGGCGUUGUGGAGGGGACGCGCGGCGCUUCUGCCAUGAAGCCGGCCGUGGACGAGAUGUUCCCUGAGGGAGCUGGUCCCUACGUGGAUCUUGAUGAGGCAGGGGGAAGCACGGGGCUGCUGAUGGACCUGGCUGCCAACGAGAAAGCGGUGCACGCCGACUUCUUUAACGAUUUUGAAGAUCUCUUUGAUGACGAUGACAUCCAGUGAAAUUAGCUGUCCAGCUAUGCAGUGCUGAGAUGUGGAUUUUUCUCUAGGAUCUCCUGCAGUGUCAUUUAUUUAUUAAAAUAACCAAAACAGGAAAAUCACAGAGGGGGGCAAAAACCUGUAUAAGCUGCUUGGAAAAUAUGAAGACCAGAUGGUUAAAGAUAACUUAAAGAGGGAACUGUGGGCUGUUAUUUCUAGGAAGCUGUGUGUAGAUUUUUCUUGAAAUCUUACUUGCUGAUGUGCCCAUUCAAUAAAAUACUGAAAAAGCCACCUCUCUCUGCUUUGAAAGUAGAUAUUGCUGUCUUCUGAGAUUGCUUAGAGAAAGAUUCUAUUAUUCUUUUCUAGUAAACAUUGUUACUUUUGGAUACUAUAUAAAGAUACACAGCGGGGUACAUUGCUGCCUUCCAGAGUUUUGU